CUUUAUAUUUCUUUAAUUGUAUAUAUUUCCCCCCCAAGACGCCCCCGCUCUCUAGAUCAGAUCAUCAGGAGAUUACAGGAUUUAUUGGAGACAGUAUGAGAAUAUGGUUUCACAGUAGAAACCGUGGAGAAGUAACGUGGUGCAGACUGAGCAGUUCUUGUGCAACCGUUACAUCAAAAUCAAUGGAUGAAACACAUUUGGCCAUUAAUGAGAAUCCCAAUAAUAAUUUUACUGUGACUAUGAGUGGAUUGAGCACAGAGAGCAGCGGCUGGUAUUACUUUGUUAUAGGGGAUUUACAGAUGCCAGUGCACCUAACUGUUACAGAGAGACCCUCCACUAUCACAUUAUCACCCACUACUCAUCAGUCCACUACUACUCAUCACACCACUGUUAGAGAGAACCAGACCUUUACCACAUGUGGAACUGGACAGAAGAGCAGUGAUAAAGAUGGCCUGAAGAAGCUCAUCAUCACUCUGGCUUUGUUGAUCUUCAUAGUAAUGAUGACCUUGAUCAUUUGGUUUAUACUGAAGACACACAAGCAACGGAAAGUGAAUUCAUCAGCUACAGUUAAGGCUGAAGAUAAUGUAACAUACUGUGAUGUUACAUACAGGAGAAGAACUUCAGUGCAGGCUGGAAGUGAUGUAAUAUACAGUAACACUGGCAAAGGAACAUCAGAGCAGAUGUCAUGCACAGAUGUGGGUGUGAUUUAUAGUUCUGUGGUUACUAAAAGGUAACAGACUGUAAAACAGGGUUGAGGCUACAGCACAACGACAGUCACCACCAACUGCAAAUUUGAAUGUUUGAUGCUUCAUAAGUCAUGCUUCAUACAUUUUAAGAGCAUAUUUAGAAACAAUUAUAUUUUUUAUUCAUAAUUCAUGUUAAUACCAUGUUUAAUAUUAAUGAGUAUAUCUUUACUACACAAGUUUUUUCUCAUUCUCACUUGAACUGUGUUUUCGCUAUCUUUUUUUUUUUGCUCAACAAGCAGCAUAUUGUGAUGGACAGCUUUGCUUUAACAAGAGGAGUUUAUAAGAAAUAUAUAUAUACUUUUCUUGAUUAAUGGUUUAUUUAAUGUUUUAUUCAGUCAAUCCUAAAUAUGUGUGAUGUUGCUGUGCUGGUGGACAGGUUGAGGUUUUGCUUUUGGUGUGUGUGGGUGAGGGUGCAACCAGCUGCUAAAACCAAGCAAAUCAAUUAAGCAAACAAUCUAUGCAAAAUAAAUAAGUAGGGAUGUACCUUAGUCUGACACAUUCAUAACUAAACAACUGCUGUACCAUGAUUUACCUUUGAGAUUAAUACUAAUACCAAUAAUAUUGUUAAGGUUACAUUCACAUAUGCCUUGCUAUAAAUAAUCUCAUACUACUUAAUAAUAGCCAUGACAUACAACCUCACAAUUUCCAUAUUUACACAUUAUUGAUAUUGUUAGUGAUAAGUACCAGUAGUGCUUACAGCUAAGUUUACAAAGCCUGUUUAUCAGCUCAGGUGUCCCAGUACAAGGUUAGUAAAGCUGUAGCUUAACAUUGUUCACCCAAAGAGUGAGGCAGACAUUGGUGCAUGAACAAUGCCACUUGUGGAAGCCAGGGUGAUGUGAGGGGCUCGGCCACUACGCCCAUCCAACGAGCAGAGGAAAGAAUCCUAGCAGCCAGGGAGCCCACACACCUUCAGCUCCAGGAGGGCAGGUGUUGCGACCCAAGCCGCCUACACAGAGCCCCCCAGGUAGAUCUGCAGCAGCCACAGAGACAGCACCUGAUGUCAGAGUGGGCCACCGUGGGUCAACGCUGUCCGCCCUAUGAUAUCCAGGGGCAAGCACUCCCCCAAGUGGGAGGGUCGGCCUGAGAGAGUGGAGCCCGAGGACCCAUGGUCCACCCACACUUUUCAUUAUCUUUCUUUUUUUUCCUUAACAUAUUUCUCAAUGAAAAAAAGUUUCAAAAAAAUCGUAUUCACCUGUAAAUUUUGCAAUAACUCACCAUAUAUA